GGAGAGGGGAGGGGUGACUGCAGGGGCAGGCUGGUCAGCUCUCUCCAGUUCCAGCUCGGCCUGGAGCGGUGGACCUGCCUCAGCAGGCUCAGGCACUCUGCCCCCAGCUCACCAUGGCCACGAAGGUAGAGAGCAGGCCUGGGGGGCUCUCCAGCAGUGAUUGCAACCUGGGCGCAGCUCGUGAGCACAUGCAGGCAGUCACCCGAAACUACAUCACCCACCCCCGUGUCACCUACAGGACUGUGUGCAGCGUCAAUGGGCCCCUGGUGGUGCUGGACCAGGUCAAGUUCGCCCAGUAUGCUGAGAUCGUCAACUUCACCCUCUCCGAUGGGACUCAGAGGAGCGGGCAAGUACUUGAGGUGUCUGGGACCAAGGCAAUUGUUCAGGUGUUUGAAGGGACCUCAGGGAUUGAUGCUCAGAAGACCACCUGCGAAUUCACAGGGGACAUCCUUCGGUCUUCGGUGUCAGAGGACAUGCUGGGUCGGGUUUUCAAUGGUUCUGGCAAACCCAUUGACAAGGGACCAAAGGUCAUGGCAGAGGACUUCCUGGAUAUCAAUGGCCAGCCCAUCAACCCCUACAACCGCAUCUACCCUGAGGAGAUGAUCCAGACCGGCAUCUCUCCCAUCGAUGUCAUGAACAGCAUUGCCCGAGGGCAGAAGAUUCCCAUCUUCUCCGCGGCCGGACUCCCCCACAAUGAGAUUGCUGCCCAGAUCUGCCGCCAGGCUGGGCUAGUGAAGAAGUCCAAGGCCGUGCUGGAUUAUCACGAUGACAACUUUGCCAUUGUCUUUGCAGCCAUGGGGGUGAACAUGGAGACAGCCAGGUUCUUCAAGUCUGACUUUGAGCAGAAUGGUACCAUGGGGAACGUCUGCCUCUUCCUGAACUUGGCCAAUGACCCCACGAUCGAGAGGAUCAUCACCCCUCGCCUGGCGCUGACCACUGCUGAGUUCCUCGCCUACCAGUGUGAGAAGCACGUGCUGGUCAUACUGACCGACAUGAGUUCCUAUGCAGAGGCCUUGAGGGAGGUCUCAGCUGCCAGAGAGGAGGUACCUGGGCGCCGAGGCUUCCCUGGAUACAUGUACACAGACCUGGCCACCAUCUACGAGCGGGCGGGCCGUGUGAUGGGCCGUGGAGGGUCCAUUACUCAGAUCCCCAUCCUCACUAUGCCCAAUGAUGAUAUCACUCACCCGAUCCCAGACCUGACGGGCUUCAUCACAGAGGGACAGAUCUAUGUGGACAGACAGCUUCAUAACAGACAGAUCUACCCUCCCAUCAAUGUGCUCCCUUCCCUGUCUCGAUUGAUGAAGUCUGCCAUUGGUGAGGGCAUGACAAGAAAGGACCAUGGAGAUGUUUCUAACCAGCUGUAUGCCUGCUACGCCAUCGGGAAAGACGUGCAGGCCAUGAAAGCAGUGGUGGGGGAAGAGGCGCUCACUUCGGAGGACCUGCUGUACCUGGAAUUCCUGCAGAAGUUCGAGAAGAAUUUCAUCAACCAGGGCCCAUAUGAGAACCGCUCAGUGUUCGAGUCUCUGGACCUGGGCUGGAAGCUGUUACGCAUCUUCCCCAAGGAGAUGCUGAAGCGCAUCCCGCAGAGUGUGAUUGAUGAGUUCUACUCCCGCGAGGGGGCGCCCCAGGACACCACGACUGUCACUGCAUUUUAGACCCAUCUGCAACUGGAUCCUGAGUGUGGUUCUGGGACCCCUGCCUUCCGCAUCGUGUCCUCUCACCCCUCCCCAUCCUCCAUGCUUCCAUUCACCUGCCAGCCGCUUCUGUGCCACCCUCAGCACCCACCAGCUAUAGGGGGCCUCAUGUAUGCUCCAUCCCUCUCCCUGGCUUUCUGGCACAGGGAAAGAACAGAUUGUCAAACCUGUAUUCUUUUUCUUGUUCUGAUAGGAGCAUUUGUAUUUUUACUUUAAAAGCUCCACACCUCCCCCCCAAGAUAAGAAGUAAUUGAAAUGAAGAGUUUAUCUUAUGUGAAUACAA